AUGGCUCAGGCAGCGCUCAUGGGCCCCCCACUCUCCCCCCGUGAGCCUCGUCGCUCUGGCCGUCGCGCCCCCGCACCCAUCUCGACCUCGUCCCUCACACCAGACUCACCCCGCCCGCCCGACUCGCCCGCCAGUGCCCACACGCACAGCAGAAAGGAAAACGGCCAUCGCCCGACGCUCUCUUCGGCCAACAGCUCUGGAUCUGGCAGGUCCAAGCGCAGUGCGAAGCCCGACGAUCACGACGACCCGCACAACGCGCUCCAGGAGCACCCUCAGAACGCCACCUCUCGUACAAGCCCGCUCACCAACUCCAAGAACAAAAGAAGGACAAAGGAUAAAGAAAGGCCACCCCCGAUUCAGAUUCUGACGGAGCCUGGUUUCACUGCACCCGAUAACGUCGAGGAUGGGGAGGUGGACCCCAUCCUAGGGGACGAGGAGGACUCGAGCAUCACGCGCUGUAUAUGUGGUCGGCAGGACGCAGAUGACGACUCCGGAAACGUACCGUUUAUGGUGUUUUGCGAAGACUGCAACGUUUGGCAGCACGGCCAGUGCUUUGGAUUUGAAUCAGAUGCCGAAUUAGACGGCGUAGACUGGUACUGCGAGCAAUGCAGGCCAGACCAGCAUAAAGAGCUUCUCAAGCGCGCCAAAUCGUGGAAAACUAGACACGGAUCACAACAGCCUCACCGCACCAGCUCAGCUCCUGCCACCACUACCACACUCGCCCCCAACGCACGUGCCAGCCGAUCGCAAAGUCCGUUCAGAAUGCCCAAACAAGCGAAAAGACGGAAUACCGUGAACAGUCGGUUCGACGACAGCGUUCAAGAAUUAUUGGAAGCCACGGCCGCGGAGGCAGCAGCAGCAGCUCAUCAACAUCACGACGAGGGCAGUGUAAACGCAAACGAGACACAGACACCGGAUAUCACGACGGACAUCAAGGAGGACUUGGAAGAAGAGCUUGUUCCUGGCGCCGCCUCGGGCCCCAGGCGGAAGCGGAAGCGGACAGACGAUGACACUCGCUCUGUGCGCUCUACGAAACGAACGCGUUCCGCAUCAACGACUUCUGAGCAGCGCACGGUAUCGGCCAGUGUCCGCGAUCCGACACCAGUGCAGGUGCCUACACCGAAACAGCAGGCUGUGCCCUUAAGCGCUCCCCCGCCACCGAAGCGGGUGAAGAGGGGCGGAGCGAGGACCAAAGCUCAGCAGCUUCAAGAGCAACUGGGAGUGGAAGCCGACGAAGCUCCGACGGGCGUGCCGGCUGCUGUGAACAGGCGGCAGAGUGGCACUGGACGGGGCAAAGGCAACCAGGCUCGUCAAGCCGCCGAUCGUGAAGAAGGCGGGAGCGGGAUUGGCGCCGGUGGUAGUCGAAAGAACAAUGCUCGUGACCGCGAUAGAGACCGGGACCACAUGCCGAACGGGACAACGCAAGGUGUCCAGGGCGGCGCCGCUGGCUCUUCCCGAAACCACCAGACACACCGGGAGCGGGAACGCGACGCUUUCGCCGCGUCACAACAGCCACUUCUAACCACCUGGGGACUACCGGAUUAUCUGGCGCAUCUGAGCCACAUUCUACCAUCAGAGACGCCAGUACCUCUCAUAGUCGAAGGUAUAGGGGAGGAGAGGGGCGUGAAAGUGAGGUGGCCCAGCAAACGGAUGAGUGUCGGGGACAUGAACAAGAGGGUGAGGUCGCUGGUGGAGUGGGUGGGGAGAGAGCAGGCGAGUGCACUGGAAAGAGGAAGGAGGCGUGAGGCGCUUGAAAAGGCGCUGAGCGAAACCAGGCGACGACCGAGGACUACGGAAGCUUCAGAUGGACCUGCUGCCGAGGGUAUCGCUGGGGAUGGAGACGAGGCAUUGCCAAACGGUGACGGCGGGGACAAUAUGGUGCUUGACAGGACCUUGACCCAAUCGCCGAUACAAGGGAAGGACCAAGAUGUGGCUGCAGCAAAGAACAGUGCGCGUUCUACGAUGACGAUGAUGGAGGAGCUGAUGGAGGAGUUGAUCAGCUUUCAGGAGAAAUUCAGUCGAACGAGGAGUUAGCCUUCUGUUUUGUUGUCGCGAUGGACCGGCUAUGUAUUGUUUCUCUUUGUUUUCUUCUUAUCUAUCUGGCACUCCAUUGAAGAUCUUGUACACACCUACGGUAGUAAUCAUAUGCUGUAUCAUACGUAUCGG